CCAGAUUUAGAAAGCCUUGAAAUUCUUCUUAUUAAACAUUUGUCUUUGAAGUUGAAUGCAUCUAGUCUGAAUUUACUUAAAGUCUCCUUUUACCAGCUAACUGAUUUUUAUUUGCAAUUUUUUUUCUUUGGAGGAUAAAAGGAUCCUUAGUUUGGAUCAAGAACCUCUGGCUUGUCUCCAUGGAUAAGGGUAGUGGAUGGUUCUUCCCAACAAUGUGCCCAAAGUACAUAAUUUCUCUUAUAAUCAUCAUCCUUACCAGCAUUGCAAUGCGUAUUAAGUAUGUCAUGUUCCAGAGCGGCAAACCCCUUAACACCUCAUCUCCUAAGCCUAAGAGCACCCUGAUUAUCCUGGGUUCAGGGGGUCAUACUGCUGAGAUGCUUAAUCUCGUCUCUGUGCUUCAGAAGGACAGGUUUACACCAAGGUUCUAUAUUGCAGCUUGGACUGAUAACAUGAGUCUUCAAACUCAUGUAUUGGAAGACUCCUUGAUUAAUCAGACUGGUGAUAAGAAAGUUCUAGAGGCUUCCCAGUUCAUGCAGAUAUAUCGAAGCCGGGAAGUUGGUCAAUCAUAUUUAACUUCUGUUGGGACAACCCUAAUAGCUACAGCUCAUGCCUUCUGGCUAAUGACUAAAAUCAGGCCCCAAAUGAUACUAUGCAAUGGCCCUGGGACUUGUAUCCCUCUCUGUGUAGUUGCUUUCAUUUUUAAGGUUGUUGGGAUUAGAUGGUCAUCCAUUUUCUAUGUUGAGAGUAUAGCACGAGUUAGGAAGCUCUCAUUGAGUGGCUUGCUUCUCUAUAAAUUACGCAUGGCUGAUCAGUUAUUUGUGCAAUGGUCACAAUUACAAAGGAAAUACCUGCGAGCACAAUAUGUUGGCCAUCUCAUGUAAUUAAUUCAAUUAUGCUGUUGCUAGUGGUGUUUGUCUCUCUUC